AUGUUUGGAGACAUAGGGCUGAUGGACUGUGACCCAGUUAAAAUUAAAUUGAGGGCUGAUGCUGAACCCUACGCCACAGUGACACCCCGCCAUGUGCCAUUUCCCCUCCUACCCAAAGUGGAGGCUGAACUAAAAAGGAUGCUGAACAUGGGCGUCAUCAGGGAGGUGACGGAGCCUACUGACUGGUGCGUGCCCAUGGUGCCAGUAGCGAAGAAAAAUUCAGACUCCAUCAGGGUGUGUGUCGACCUUAAGCGCUUAAAUAAGGCAGUUAAGCGGGAGCGCUACAUGUUGCCGACAUUCGACGACAUCACUCCAAAGUUGGCCGGAACCAAGGUGUUCUCCAUGCUGGAUGCAACUAGUGGCUUCUGGCAGAUUCCCUUGGACCCAGGUAGCCAGCUACUGACUACCUUCAUCACACCAAUGGGCAGGUUUUGUUUCCGCCGCCUGCCAUUCGGUAUCUCGUCAGCGGCGAAGAUCUUCCAGCGGCUGAUAUCAGAACUGCUCAAGAACCAUGAUGGAGUCGUUGUGGUCAUGGAUGACAUCUUGGUGUGUGGAUCGAGCGAGGAGGAGCAUGACCGACGCUUAGAGUCCAUCCUGUGCACUAUAAAGCAGUCGGGCCUGAAGUUAAAUAAAGCCAAGUGUCACUUUGGUAAGGAGGAACUCCACUACUUUGGACACAUAAUUAGCGCAAGUGGCACAAACAAGGUCAGGGCCAUCACGGAAAUGCCCAGACCGACCAAUGUUGGGGAGUUGCGCCAGCUGUUGGGGCUUAUUAACUAUGUGGGGAGGUUCCUUCCUGACCUGUCCACUAAACUGCACCCGCUCAAUGAGCUGCUCAGGAAGGAGAACGUGUGGGUGUGGAGCGAGCUCCAGGAACAGGCACUGGAAAAAGCAAAGCUUAUGCUCCUAUCUGCACUUGCGCUUGCAUAUUAUGACCCAAGACGCCAGACGGUUGUGAGUGCGGAUGCCAGCAGCUAUGGCUUGGGAGCAGCACUGCUGCAAGAUCACAGCGGCAUUUUGAGACCUGUCGCCUGCUCACAUACUUUAAAUGAGACAGAAAAUCACUACUCGCAAAUUGAAAAGGAGUGCCUGGCAGCAGUGUGGGCCUGCGAGUGGUUCACGAGGUAUGUGCAGGGGAUGGAGAGCUUCCUCCUCCAGACAGACCACAAACCACUCGUACCGCUAAUUAACGUGUAUGAUUUGGACAAAGCACCACUGCGGUGCCAAAGACUGUUAAUGCGCCUAAUGAGGUUCAAUGUGACGGCUGUGCAUGUUCCUGGGAAACAAAUGGUCGUGGCUGAUACACUGUCUCGAAGCCCUCUAAGUCAGGAAGCAGAGUCAGACAUGGACCAGGAGGUGGAGGCGUAUGUCAGAGGGGUGGUGACGAACAAACCGGUGUCAGUGGACAGACUCUCUGAGAUACGAGAAGCCACACAAAGUGACCGGGAUCUUCAGACUGUUAUCACAUGCAUCCGAGGUGGUUGGCCACGCAAAUUGGCCGAGUUCCCAUCCUCUCCCGGGUUCUACACCGCUAGGAGCCACCUUUCAGAGUCAAACAGACUAGUACUGUAUGAGGACCGAAUUGUAGUCCCAACACGACAGAGGGCUAACAUCCUCAACCAAAUUCACGGGGGCCAUCAGGGGCUAACAAAAUGCCGUGCGAGAGCCAAGUUGUCAGUGUGGUGGCUGGGCAUCAGUGGCGACAUUAAGCAAAUAGUGACGCAAUGUGAGUUCUGUAUAGAACACAAGCCAAAGCAGAGACGCGACCCCCUUAUUACUACACCUCUUCCAGAAGGGCCGUGGCAGAGGAUUGCCGCAGACCUGUGUGAGCUAAACGGGAAGAGCUAUCUGAUUGUGGUAGACUAUUAUUCAUGCUACAUCGAGAUGGCACAUCUGCCCUCCACGAGUAGCCUGCAGGUCAUCAAUCGCUUAAAGGGUAUCUUCGCCAGAUGGGGAAUACCACUGGAGCUUGUUAGCGACAAUGCAAUGCAGUUCGCUUCAGUUGAAUUCAGAGACUUUGCUAAAGCUUAUGGGUUCACCCAUAUGACCUCCAGUCCACACUACCCCCAGUCAAACGGGGCAGCUGAGAGAGCGGUCCAAACCGCAAAGAGGAUUCUCAAGCAGCCAGAUCCAUCACUUGCUCUGAUGAGCUACCGAGCGACACCCAUCACUGCCACUGGGGUCAGUCCAGCUCAACUAAUGUUGGGAAGACAGAUUCGUACCCCUGUGCCGACGCUAGAGACAAGCUUACAGUCAGAUCCUGUGGGACGGGACCUAGUCUUACAAAACGAUUUGAAGGUCAAAAAGGCAUACAGGCACUUCUACAACAGGAGACACUCUGCCCGCCCACUCCCGGAGUUAUGUCUGGGUCAACCAGUCAGGGUGAUGUUGUAUGGAGAGAGAGGGUGGAAUACCCCAGCGGAAAUCAUCGGACCAUCAGGAGAACCGCAUUCCUAUCUGAUCAAGACGGAUGGUGGCGCUAUGCUGCGUCGCAACAGGAGACAUCUGCAGGUGGUUCCGGAGAACAUCGCGCCUGCGGACCAGCCGCACGCGCCAGGUGGGAGCCCAAUGCAGCCGGGGACCCUUUCCAGUCCUGCGCCGACCGGCUCGGAGGUUACAGCACUACCGGGCAGCUCAACUCCAGGGUCUACACAAGGUACUCCUCUGCAACCCCCUCCUUCCCAGGGGGAAACCAGGAUGACCUUGAGGGGUCGUGAGAUCAAACUACCUCUCAGGUACAGAGAUGUUUAG